AAUCUGUGGAUGUAAAAAUCUGUGGAUGAUGGGGUUGCACUUUCUAGGCAAUGCAGUGAAUGCUUAUUGUCACAGUUUUGACUGUAAGGACUGGAUUCUUCCCCAUUGCUGAGUGUUUAUUCUUUGCAUUUCUUCUUACUUCUUUUGGCUGCUUCUUCUUGGCCUUGGCUUGCAUGCAUGCAAGUUCUGUUUCUGCUCCCCUCCUGGGCAGCUGGAGUUUCACUGUCCAGUUUAUGUGUUCCUCUGUCCUCCCCACUGACACAUAGGGUCUGACCACCCUGACUGACAGCCUGCCAUUUCCCUGCUUGCAUCCAGACUGACAACCCAGCUCUUGGAGGACUUGGGGCUGGCAUUGCAGCAAGUGCUGAAUACACGAUGUGCACAGGGGUCUGAAACAAGUGACCCUUGUCACAACAACAACAACAUGGAGAGGCUGAUUUUGUGAUUAUGUGGCCAGAUGAGUGCCUGCUGUGCUUCUCCAGGAAAAUUUAGUUAUUAGGAAAAUUGACAUAUUGUUUCAGACUUAUUUGCAAUAGAUGCAAUGGGCUGGCUCUUGUGUGUCCUUCCAGAACAUUUUUGAUGCCUCUUAAGCACUCUGUUUCUUUUUUGCCACUGGUCCAGCAGUCCUGGGGAGUCAGUGGGGAAUUUCUCUGCUUCCUCUUAAGACUGAGAUGCUUUUCUCUGUCCUGUGUGUUGCAGGGAGGUGUGUGGCACAGCCCAGCCAUCCACCUGGAGAUUGCAAAUUACAUGGAAAACUUCCCUCUCCCCUUGCUCUACAUUUCACCCCUGUGGCUUGAUGACAUCCAGCAGGGCCCUUCCCCCUCUGUGGUAUUUAUGCCAAGCUUGGCAGUACUCAACUGCUCUUCUUGGGCUGAAUUUUGUGCUACAAAAUCUCAGUGAUUCUUUCCAGCUUUUGGCAAGUCUUUCCCCAGAUGCUUAACUUUGCCUUGAUUUCUCCACAGAGGAGAAACCGAGAUCCUCUUUCCCACAGCAAGAUACUUUGUUUUUCUGGGGUAUUCCCUCUUAUAUCAUGUAUCAAAAAUCUAUCCAAGAGUGUCUUCUGAUGCUCCUCCUCCUUUUAGUUGAGAUCCCUUCUGGUGAUGCAGGCAAAGCACUGAGAAGGUUGUGAAGACCGAGACAAUGUUUUCAAAUCCUGGAGACUUGAAAAACCUAUUUUGAGCUAUAACAGAUGCUACUGGACAUAUGGAACAGCUGAGGGGACUUACACCAGGACUAUAAAUGUUCUGCAGAUCUUUAUGUCCCUGACUCAGUGGGUGGGUUUCCUAUAGGAACCACAUGCUGGGGAGAAGUGGAUAUAAUGCAAAUCACUAAUGUUAAUGACUUUCCUGUGGAAAAUUUGCCACAGGGAAUUGGUGAUAGCAUAUCUUUGGUGGAAUAGGGCUCAUGGUAGCCAAAAAGGUAGCCUAAACAACAGUCCUGAUGUAGGAGGAAGUUCACACUGACCUGUGGCUACCUUGAGACUAGAGUUUUUACAGCUCUCUGUAUACAUUUGAGAAUCCCAGGCCAGCAUGUAAAUUCUCUAUUGGUUUAUUGGUAUAUUUGACUAUCUGCAAUACUUUUGUCCUGAAGGAGGUUUGGAUUCUGUGCAAACAGUCUGGUCUAGUCAAAAGUAAUCCCACGGUCCCCUGUUCUUCACUCGUCUUCUUUGUCAUCUCCCUUCCUCUUCCAUCCUGCUCUCUAGAAGCCAGGCUGCACUAUUUCAUGCUUCAUUUCCCAAAAAACUUUGUUCCUCUGUAAAUAUUUCCAAAUUCUAGAGCAGCCCUUCUUCUACCAGCACCACUGGCCCGAGCACUGUGCAUGAGCCAUGGUAACUGGUGUUGGCUGCAGGGACAUUUCAUAUUCCUCCCAUCUCUCCUGGUCCCAGCUUCCAGCCAGGUGCUGCACAAGCAUUCUGUCUCCUUCUCCCAGCAGUCUUCAGCAAAGGUGCUGCGUGAUGCACAUCCACACACAGGCUUUGCACACUGCUUUGAAUGCAGGUGCAUUGCUCACAGACCUCAUGCAGCAUAAGGGGCUGGAGGAAGAUUAGCUUGCCUGUAUGCCAUGGAGCCUUUCUUUUCAUGCUUCAAUAUGCCUGGCUCAGCUGGCAGUCAAGCUGGACUCUGUUAUUCAACUGUGUCCACGCCCAGGUCCAGUGUAAGGAAUUUUAUUUGCCUGAUUCCCUGUUGGCUUACUGGCAAAAUGUCAGAGUAUCACUUAUCUUCCCCUCUCCACUUCCUGCAGAAAAGAGAGUGGCACUGAUCCUACAUGGACAUGCCAACUAGUUUUUCCUGGUUUCUUCUCCAGUGCCUCCUGCCAUGUAAUCUCCAAUAUGUGUUCCCAGCCUGUCAGAAUGGUGACACUCUGUGCCAACCCAUGGUGAUCUCUGCUCCCACUGCUGUUCCACAACACAAUGAUUCCAUAACAGCAGCUCUGCAAUGCCAGCAAUGCAUCAUAUGCCAUGUACCAAGCUGCAGAGCACUGCAGUGUGUGUAGCCUUCUGCAGGAUUGCAUUGCAGGCCUGACUGCUGAGCCAAGACACUCCCAAUUUACCUCCUGCUCUGUUCUCCUCAGCUCUUGUUCAGUAUCCAGCGCCUGUCAAGUUUUUCCUGCUCCCAGUCUGUUUGAGCAAUGGUGCCCAUGAUUUCACUGGGGACUGCAAGGUUGUGUGGUCUUACAGCAUCACACAGCCCUGUGUAAGCUCUUGCUUGCUCUCCCUCUGUUUCUGUGCAUGUGUUUUAUACACGGUUGUCAUAAAGGCAGCAGGAACAAGUCACAGAAUCAUAAAACCUUAAGGGUGGGAAAGAUAUCGAGUCAAACCUUUGACCAAACACCACUGAUUGUUUAAACUUACCUCUCCUGUGCCCUAUUUCUUGAUUUUAGGGGACCUUAACAAGGGUGCCUUUAUUGCUUCUCAGAACUACAUCUGCUCACAGUGUGCAAUCAAGUCUGUAUUUAGUCCAUGCCACCAACUCAUCAGAACAUUUCAGCUGGUAAAUCGCCCCACACUGGCUUCUUCCUAAAGAGGAUUUUCACAUACUGUGGGGAAAUCCCUGGCCUGGUGCAUUUUCAAUGAUUUUUUUUCUGUAUAUAGCAGAAAAAAGGCUCUGAUGGUAGAAGUGGUGUUCCUUGACAUCUUUCCUUACUCACAAUAUACCUCUUUAGAUUUAACGAUUAACUUUUCACCCCAUGGCCCUGGGGUGAGCAAGACUUGAGGUUCCAGCCACAAGUGGAGACUUGUAUUGAUGGAAGUAUGCCUUGAAUAUAGACCAUCCUGGACUUGUGAGCAGCAUUGUCAUGGGGGAGGUUGGAAAAGAAAGUGUUGAGAACAAGAGAUGGAUCUUAAAAAGGAGAAGAGGCUGAGGGAAUGUGAGAGGAGCGAAAGGAGAGGAUGAGCCCUUGGUAAAAGGGAAAAAAAUUGAAGGCAGGGCAGAUUUCUUGGAGGGGGAGAUAAGGGGCUAUAGGCUGUCACCCAACUGCUGCAUUCAUAUCAGAGAGCCCCAAUCCUCACCUAGUUCUGUGCUGGAGCUGCAGCCAGCACAGACAGGGUCCUGUAGUCCUCACACACCAGAGUGCAGGGCAUAGGUCUCCAAUUUGCUGUGGUUUGACUCAGAGCCAGAAUUAGGAGGACAGCAGUCUGACAGCCCAGAGCUGUGUUGCGCUGUGAUGCUUCAGCCUGGGUCAGUGUUAGUCUGAGCAUCUUUGAUGCAUGUUACUGCUCAGUGGAGACUGGUCCCAAGGCUGGGCAGUAGUAUUGGCCAGAGCUUUCUCCAUAUAGGUAGACAAAAAUAUUUUUUCAUGCUCUGUUAAUGGUCACUAGUGCUGGUUCAAAAUUAUUUGAAUUUACACCCUGGAGCAGCUGCAUUGUUCCUGUACUUAAAUUAGCUGAAGGUCAGCAAUCUUGAAACCUCUUCCGUGUUACCCUCUCUUCCUCUCCUCCCCUUGGCACUCUUCCACAGAAAGAGCAAAGUACACAUGCCAUCUUUGUGAAGGAAAUCCUGCGUGAUUUGGGGGAAGGGCAAUGCUGCCUUCUUCUGUAGUGAUAAAAGGGAGUGAUUUGCAAGUAAAAGAAGAAGGAAGGACAAGAAGAAAAGGAAUGUAAGAGUAAAACAUAACGUUUCUCUUUACCCAGCCUCUUCACUCAAUAAGCCCCCACCUACAAAGGCACUAAGAUCUAAAUGCAGGAAAAAGAAAGUGUUGUGUGUCUCUGCAGUGCUGCAUUGCCCUGUCAAGGAAGAGCCAGGAAGUUGCUUAGGUGGAGGAAGGUUUUGAGCCACAAUGGGGUGAAACACCAGCCUUUCCAUUCUUUAUGUGCUCAAGCUGCUGGCAAGCACAGCUGUGCUAAGGUGGGAGUGGGAAAAGCAGAGCUGUUGGAGAGAGCUUGUUCAGGUUGUGUCUGUGCCAAGGAGUGUGUUUGAACAGAGUCCCCUGGGGCAUGAACUGCUGAGCACCAGGCUCGGCCUGGCAGGAGCGAGUGGCAGAGGCAGGGCUGGAUUCCAUAACACGGGAUUGGCACAUCAGCCUUGGCGGGUGAUACGUGCCUGGGGCAGAGGUAAAACUCCACACAGAGCUGAGUUACAGCCUCUGUUACAGUCUCUGAGUUACAACUCUCUGUUUCCCAGACACAAACAGGGAUGGCAGGAGCCCAGGGGAAGGACACGGGGGGUUAGUGCUGGUGGAGCAGCCCAGGGUUGCUGAGUCAGCAACUCCUCUGAGCUGGAAGAAAAAUUAUUCCUGCCCCCUGCCAGCACUUCAUGCAGAUCCAAAAUACAGUUUCCAGAACUGUCCCUACAUAUGUUAGCAAGAAGGCAACUGUCUGCCUGUUUUGCUGCAAGAAAGUAUGGCAACUGAUGCGGCACUGAGUGCUGAGCGUAGGUAAUGGACGUCCUGAAGGGAAUGCUGUGAAGUACCGGACUGAGGGGCUUAACCUGCCGGCUGCCAGGGAGCAGCUUGUGCUUCCUGUCUCCGAGGGAGCUUGCAGGCAAGACCCAGGACUGGAAGCAGGCAGAAUACCAGCCGCAGGGCUGGGGUCAUGUGGUGCAGUGCCCUUCCUUAUAGCAUCCUCACUGCGGGAACAGCGAGUCGGGAAAACUACAGUUCCCAUCACCCUUUUGUGCAUGUCCCUGCGAAACUACAGUUCCCAGAACCUUUUAAUGAGCCAGAGAGGAUGACUGUGGAAAUAAAUGCCGACGAUAUUUGCAUAACACCCUGCACCUCCGGCGUGCUGACCGGCCCAUGAUCUUUGAAAACGGGAACAGGGGAAAAGUCAGGAAGUGUCAGCGCUGUGGAGCUGUGGCUUUGCCCACCCCAAUAUCCGCAGUGAUAUCCUCCAGCACCGAGCAACCUUCCUCCUCUCAGGACUCCCUUGGUAGUCACAGGGAAGAUCCUGCUCCCCGGGAAACACGUAAACUACAGAUCCCGGCAUUCUCCGACAGGCAGCACCUGCGGCAGUCCCUGCACGCCGUGGGGGAGGUGGGGGUGAGGAUGAGGAUGGAGGGCAGGGAGGAGAUGCAGGGCGCCGUGGGGCUACGCUGCACCUGGGACAUUCCGCCGCCCGCUGGCACCCAGGCCAAGUGGGUGAGGCUCAAUGUGGGGGGCACCGUCUUCCUCACCACCAGGCAGACCCUGUGUCGGGAGCAGAAAUCUUUCCUGUGUCGCUUGUGCCAGGGCGAGGAGCUGCAGUCGGACCGGGAUGAAACUGGUGCAUACCUAAUAGAUCGGGACCCCACUUACUUUGGACCGAUUCUGAAUUUCCUCCGUCAUGGGAAGCUGGUCUUGGAUAAAGAUAUGGCUGAAGAGGGCAUCCUUGAAGAAGCUGAGUUCUAUAACAUUGGUCCUUUGAUCCGAAUAAUCAAGGAUCGAAUGGAGGAGAAGGACUACACAGUGGCACAGGUGCCUCCUAAGCAUGUCUACCGUGUGCUGCAGUGCCAGGAAGAGGAGCUCACUCAGAUGGUUUCCACUAUGUCAGAUGGAUGGCGCUUCGAGCAGCUUGUGAACAUUGGCUCAUCCUAUAAUUAUGGGAAUGAGGAUCAGACAGAAUUCCUAUGCGUGGUCUCCAAGGAGUUGUACAACUCUCCCAAUGGCGUGGGCUCUGAGCCCAGCCACAAAGCCAAGAACACAGAGGAGGACCUGGAGGAGGAAGAGCAGGAGGUGGAGGAGGAGGCAGAGGCAGAAGCAGAAGCAGAGGAGAAAGACCAUCCAUCUAUUCGGGAUUGUGCUAAACUCUCUUCCUGUGGACCCUCCCUCCUGCUCCCUUCCGUGUCCAUCCCAGCACUGCCAUCUACCUCCCACAUUGCCCCACUCGCCAGCCUCCAGCAUCCUUCCCUCUGCUCUCCUUGUCCCUCAGGGCUCAGAGUGGUCUCUGCCCAGGGCCCUGUCUCUCUCUGCUCCUCACUUUUCCUCCUCUGCAGGUAUGUUACCUGUCUGCACUCCCAGCUCCUGCCAGCCUGAGCUCUGCAUGAGUGACUCACUUCCCUCUUGUGGGUAUGGUCCUGGUUUGUAGAGCUUGGGGAGGGGAAGGAGGGAGGUGUGAGGUUGACUCAUCCCUAAGGUGGCUUUACAUAUUCUGAUCCUAAGCGUGCCUUUACCUGCCAAGCAGAUCCUAUGCCUGUGGACCAGAGGCUCUGGCAGCAGAAAGGAGAGUGCAGCUGGGAGAGGGGUGGAAAUGAAUACAAAGCAGGCAGGGGUGGUUCAGGGAAGGGGUGGAAUUUUGCCACGUGUCUGCGUGACAUGCAUGCCAGAUCGCUUCUCCAGACUGCCGUCCGCAGCUCCUUUGCCUGCCAGCCCGGGCAGUUUGCAGAAGGCAGUCUGUUAUUUUUUUCCUUCCCUGGGCUUUUCCCCCUUGGCUCUGCCAGGGUGAGAGUGCAGUAGGAAAGGUGGCAAAGGCAGAGCAGAAGCAGCUGGUCCCCACUGCAGAUGUUCUCACAGCUGUGUGCAAAAUGAGGCUCUCUGCUCUGCCUCCUGCUUAGGAAGGCUGGCUGGCCGACAUGCCUGGGGCUGGGUACGGAAAGCGUUAGAAGGAGGAUUCCUUCCAUACUGCAAAACUGUGAGGCUCUUGUUAAACCAGAGAUGCUCAGUGUCAAUCUCCACCGGUCCUGAUGGAGGACACUUGUUAGCUGGCUGACAUUUCUCUCUCCCUCUGUUUGAAAGCCUCCUUGUCUGUGGCUGUGGGACCUGAGUGUUACUAUCUUAAGACUCUGUGUAUGCUAAUCACGUGGACUUUUUCUUCCUUCUGUUCUGUUUUCCCACCCUCAUUUCUUUUCUUUUUCUUCUGUUUGUGUUUCCUCUGUCAUUUCCCCUUUUCUGUUUCUCUCUUCUCCAUGCUCAGUUGCCUUUUUUUUUCCCUGUCACUGAUUGUGUUUCUCUUUCUCUCUCCUUCUCUAGCUGUUACAAGCCAGAGAUCUGAGGAUGUGAUCUGAACACUCCACUCCAGCCUUUUCAAUUUUUGUUUAUAUCUUUAUUUUUGUACUGCAGUGUAUGGCAGCCCCUUCUCCCGCAGUGACGCCCCCAGCCCCCUUCACUCUUCACAUGCAGACAUUUUUUUUACAAACUCACUUCAGAGGCCUGAGCUUCCAGCCCUGGAGGAGGGCAGAUGCUCCAUGGAGCCCCUGAGCUGCUGUAGGAGUGGGAGCCCGCAGCCCCCUCCUAUGCCUGGCAGUCUGGCUUUCCUUAAUGCCACAGUGGCCCCUGGUGGGGACAUCAGCGAUCAGCCACUGCAGCCUGCGGUCCCUUCCUGAGCACCCUGGAUGCAAAUGCAGGCCGAGGUGGUGGUGGCUGUGGAAAGACCAGCCCUUGCCCUUUCACUGUUGCAGGCAACUGGUGUGGGCUUGUGGCCUGGGGACAAAUGCAGAGCUACCGUCCUUUUCUGGGCCGCCUGUAUCACUCGGAGGUGUCCCUGUGCUGGGUAUCACAUUCCUUGGUGCCUCCCUCCCUGUCCCCCCCAAAGCAGCUCUGUGCCAGCAGUGUGAGGAGGAGAAUGUUGUGCUGCCUGGGUACCAGGAACAUGCUGGUACCUGGUGCUGUGUCAGCCAGCACCAAGCAGAUCCCAGUUUUGGGGAGCGGGGUGUUUGUUUCACUGCUGUGUCUGAAGACUCCUGAAUAAAAUUCACAGUCUGUUCCUCC